AAAAGGUAGGACAAAGAAGAAAAGUAAUUCAUUUAAUUGUAGAAGACUACAAGAAAGAACAUACUGCUGCUUGGAAUUUUUAAACGCACAGAGAAGAGGCAGUAAACGUUUAAAAUUUAAGGACUUUUUCUGAAUUUCAUUUUGGAUUUAUCAUUUCUAAGCGCUGUAUUUUUGUUGCACAGAAGUUAGAACUAAAGUCUCGUAAUGAAGUUGCUGGGAGUCUUUUUGCUACUGAUGCUGGUGAACUGUGAGGGCAGCAGAGUGGCAGAAAGCGGAGACGACAAUAGUGUAUAUGACCUGUUCGAACUGGUACGGGUCCACAAGAAGAACCAUGGGGUGAGUCUGGUGAAAGGCGCAGACCCGUACAGCCCAGCGUAUAAGAUUCUGAGCCCGGACCUGAUCCCCCCAGUCCCCGACACCCCCUUCAGGGACCUAAUUGAUUCCAUUCACGCAGAGAGGGGAUUUCUUUUCUUAGUCAACUUCAAGCAGUUCAAGCGGACCAGAGGCAGUCUCUUGACCGUGGAGAAGAAUGACGGGUCUGGACCCAUUUUCGAAAUCGUUUCCAACGGCAAGGCUAACACGUUGGACGUGGUUUACUCCACCGAGAACAAGCAGCACUUAGUGUCCUUCGAAGAAGCGGACCUGGCGACGGGCCACUGGAAGAACAUUACCCUGUUCGUGCAGGAGGACCGGGCUCAGUUGUUCGUCGGCUGCGAAGAGAUCAAUAUAGCGGAAAUGGACGUGCCCAUCCAUAAAGUCUUGACCCAAGAGGUUGCUGAUAUUGCCCGUAUGAGGAUUGGCAAGGGAGCCGUUAAGGACAGAUUCAUGGGGGUCCUCCAGAAUAUACGCUUUGUUUUUGGAACUACUUUGCAAGCUAUACUGCGGAAUAAAGGAUGUGAGAGCGCAACUAUGACUGAUACCAUUACCCUGGACAACCCAGUCAAUGGGUCCAGCCCUGCAAUCAGAACUGAUUACGUUGGCCACAAGACAAAGGACCUGCAGGCUGUUUGCGGCUUUUCCUGUGAGGACCUGGCCAGCAUGUUCAAGGAGCUCAAGGGACUCGGCGUGGUUGUUAAGCAGCUGUCAAACGAACUCAGCAAAGUGACCCAAGAUAAUAAUCUGAUCAAGAACCAAAUUAGUAGUCACAGUGGAGUCUGUAUCCACAAUGGCAUUUUGCACAAGGACAAGGAUGAAUGGACGGUGGACGACUGCACUGAGUGCACUUGUCAGAACUCCGCCACUGUGUGUCGCAAGAUUUCCUGCCCUCUGAUGCCCUGUGCCAACGCCACCGUUCCCGAUGGAGAGUGCUGCCCACGGUGUGGAACCCCAAGCGACUAUGCUGAGGACGGCUGGUCCCCCUGGUCUGAAUGGACCCAUUGUUCAGUGUCCUGUGGAAGAGGCAUUCAGCAGCGCGGCCGCUCCUGCGAUCGUAUCAACAAUAACUGCGAGGGCACCUCCGUGCAGACGCGGGACUGCUACCCUCAGGAAUGUGACAAGCGCUUCAAGCAGGAUGGCAGCUGGAGCCACUGGUCUCCCUGGUCCUCUUGCUCCGUCACCUGCGGUGCCGGCGUCAUCACUCGCAUCCGCCUCUGCAACUCACCCACACCCCAGAUGGGCGGCAAGGACUGCCAGGGAGAGGGAAGGCAGACCGAGAAGUGCCAGAAACCCGCAUGUCCAAUCAAUGGCAACUGGGGACCGUGGUCUUUGUGGGAUACGUGCUCUGUCACCUGUGGAGGAGGUGUCCAGACUCGCAAGCGUCUCUGUAAUGAUCCCCCUCCCAAACAUGGUGGAAAGGAGUGUGUGGGCGAGGCCAAGGCAACCCAGCUCUGUAACAAGCAGGACUGUCCUAUUGAUGGGUGUCUUUCCAACCCCUGUUUUGCGGGAACCAAGUGCACCAGUUUCCCGGAUGGCUCCUGGAAGUGUGGUGACUGCCCAGGAGGAUACACUGGUGAUGGAAUCCACUGCAAGGACAUUGAUGAGUGCAAAGAGGUUCCCGAUGCUUGCUUUGUGCUCAACGGAGUACACAGGUGUGAGAACACAGAGCCCGGCUACAACUGCCUGCCCUGUCCUCCUCGCUACUCUGGACCACAGCCCUUCGGCAGAGGAGUGGAAGACGCCACCGCUAAGAAACAGGUCUGUGAACCACGUAACCCCUGCCUGGACGGGAGCCAUGACUGCAACAAGAACGCCCGCUGCAUCUACCUGGGCAUCUUCUCUGAAACCAUGUUCCGCUGCGAGUGCAAGCCUGGGUAUGCAGGAAACGGAUACAUCUGCGGGGAGGACACUGACCUGGAUGGCUGGCCCAACUCUGACCUCGUCUGUGUGGAGAACGCUACAUACCACUGCAAGAAGGACAACUGCCCCAACCUACCCAAUUCUGGGCAGGAAGACUAUGACAAGGAUGGGCUUGGCGAUGCUUGUGAUAACGAUGACGACAAUGACAGUAUCCCUGAUGACAGGGACAACUGCCAGUUCAUCUACAACCCAACGCAGUAUGACUAUGACCGUGAUGAUGUUGGAGAUACCUGCGAUAACUGUCCAUACAACAGUAACCCUGACCAGACCGACACGGACAACAAUGGGGAGGGUGACGCAUGUGCUGUGGACAUUGAUGGAGAUGGUAUUCUGAAUGAGAAGGACAACUGCCCCUAUGUCUACAAUGUUGACCAGAGAGACACUGAUCUGGACGGUGUUGGAGACCAAUGUGACAACUGCCCACUUGAACACAAUCCUGACCAGAUUGACUCGGACUCAGACCGAGUAGGAGACAAGUGUGACAGCAACCAGGACAUUGAUGAGGACGGUCAUCAGAACAACUUGGACAACUGUCCCUACAUCCCUAAUGCUAACCAGGCCGAUCAUGACAAGGAUGGCAAGGGAGAUGCCUGUGACCACGAUGACGACAAUGAUGGCAUUCCUGAUGAUAAAGAUAACUGCAGGCUGGCCUUCAACCCAGACCAGCUGGACUCUGAUGGUGAUGGUCGUGGUGAUGCCUGCAAACAUGACUUUGAUCAAGACAACGUGCCUGAUAUCUACGAUGUGUGCCCAGAGAACUUCGAUAUCAGCGAGACAGAUUUCCGCAGGUUCCAGAUGGUGCCUCUGGACCCCAAGGGCACUUCUCAGAUUGAUCCCAACUGGGUGGUGCGUCACCAGGGCAAAGAGCUGGUGCAGACCGUCAACUGUGACCCUGGCAUUGCUGUUGGUUUUGAUGAGUUCAAUGCUGUGGACUUCAGUGGUACCUUCUUCAUCAACACCGACAGGGAUGAUGAUUACGCCGGCUUUGUGUUCGGCUACCAGUCUAGCUCUCGCUUCUACGUGGUGAUGUGGAAACAGAUCACACAGACAUACUGGUCCAACACGCCCACCAGAGCUCAGGGAUAUUCAGGGCUGUCCAUCAAGGUGGUCAACUCCACCACUGGGCCAGGGGAACAUCUGAGGAAUGCUCUGUGGCAUACAGGGGACACUGCUGGACAGGUGCGCACUCUGUGGCACGACCCUAAGAAUAUCGGCUGGAAAGAUUUCACUGCAUACAGAUGGCACCUGACCCACAGGCCAAAGACAGGACACAUCAGAGUUGUUAUGUAUGAAGGCAAGAAAAUCAUGGCAGAUUCUGGAAGCAUCUAUGACAAGACAUAUGCAGGUGGAAGACUAGGUCUCUUCGUCUUCUCUCAAGAGAUGGUUUACUUCUCAGAUCUGAAAUAUGAAUGCAGAGAUACAUAAUUGCACCAGCGAGAGGCUUUCUAAAGAAUGUACGUUUCUGUAUACAUAUAAAUAUGUAUUUUAAACAAAGUCAUGGGACCAUAUCUUCAUUACUUCUUUUUCUGCAACACACACAUUGGUGGAACAAGAGCAUGUAAACAGCUUCGAGGUAAAUUGACGUUGGGACAGAAACCAGCUGACUGCCCGUUGAAGAUUAGACCCCUCCACCAACAGCAGGUAGAGCAGAAAAUGAAUUUGCUUUGCUGAGUCGGGAGACCGAUCUCUCUGAAGGUUCUCUAUCUCUCUCUGCUCUGCAUGGAAAGGGCUUCCAGCAGGCAUCUGUGCACUUCCAAAACUUACCUGUUUCUCUCUCUGGAUGGAGGUCCCAUGCUCAGACAGAGCAUUUUCUCUUUUAAACCAUAACCUCAGAUCUGCUGUGGACUAAAUUCAAAAAAGGACAAAACUUGUUUUGAGGAUGAAGAAAACAAUGAAAGACUUUAUCUCAUUUUUCUGGAGAUGGGUCAGAGACCCUUUGAAAGUAAUUGCUGAGGGACAACAUGGAGUGACUGUUACAUGUACUAUGGAAAAGUGUGAAUGUUGUAUGUGUGGCUGUUUAUAAUUUCAAAGAAGAGCCAGCUUACACUAUAUAAAAUAUCUAUCAAUAUAAAAAAAUUGUGUAGCUGAAGAACAUGCUAGCUUUUUCAAAUUUUCUGAUCAAAAUUUUCACCUCCCCAUUUAUUCACCCUAAGAGGCCCUCAUUGAAGCCCUUCCCGAAACAAAGAAAACAAAGAGGAAAUCAUUAAAUUGAGCCAAACAUUUUUUAUUCAAAAACGGGCAUUACGGAGCCUAGAUAGAGAUUUUUUCAGCUAACGCUGCUGUGGUAAUGUGGCUGGCACUAGCUAGAACUAGUUUAGUUCAGUGAGCACAACGUCCUCAGGGUGAGAUUGGAUUUCUGAAGUAGCCUCUUAAGACAGCGCACUAGAUGACUAGGCGAAGGCUCAUGAUCCAGGGCAAGGGCGGGGCCAUCAAUUCCAGAGCAUGUCUGCCCAGGUCCAGGUGUUUGUCUAUUUUAACAUUCAGUGAAAGUAGUCUGGUUCAGUUCGCAUGGCUUUUUUUUGCUCACUGCUGUAAAGCCAACUUUUGGAUUUGAAGCACAAAAACAAACAAGCAAAAAAAAAAAAAAAAUCAAACCCUGGACCAGGGCUACAAUUCACAUAAAAGAUUACCUACCUCUGCUAAUGGUCCUGUCGCAAGAGGCACAGAGUGGUGGAAUACACAUAGAACACUUAGGGAACCUGUUUAGAUGCCAGAUGCAGAGAAAAAUCUGAAAAGAUAUAGUUAUUUAUUGCUUUGUCUUUGCUGAGGAGCAGAAAGAGGCUUAGAGUGGAGCACUUGGGUCAAGACUAUCAAAGCAGUUGUCUUCCUAGUAUAGAGAUGAAUGCAGUUAAAGAUUGUAAAUAACUUCUUAUUUAUUAAGUUUAUUCUCUAUUGAUUGAAAUGGCACAGAAUUAUGGUAUUUUAAGUAGUCAUUUUAUUGCCAGUUAUUGUUAAAAACAAUUGAUCCCCAACACCCCAAGUGAAACUGGAAACAAGGACUAACUUGUUUAGUCUUCUUUGCUGCAGAGUGCAGGUUUAUUUGAUGCCCAUCGCAUUCUCCAUUGGAAACAAGACAGAAAGCUGUCAAACAUGUCUAGAAGCAGCAUUCUUCUGCACAGUAUGUAUGACUUGUGUGCCUGUAAAUUUUCUUUACAUUUCUGAGAAAAAUAACAACAAAGGAAACUUUGAUGUACAAAUAUUACCUCAUUAUUGUUGUAAAAUUGAAAUCAACAAAACUUAAAGUACCUGUUAGCAGCAGAAUACAAAUUGGUUAACUUUUUUAGUGCUGCUGUAGUACACAUAUUUUUUCACGCUGUACAUAAUAAAAAAUAUUUUUUUGUAGCAGAUAAAUCCCCUACAGUAAAGAAAUUGAAUGGGAGACAGUUUUUUAUAAAUAUGUUGUGCUUUAUAUAUGUCCAAUGCUUUUUUUAAUGGAUAAAUUAUUGUUAAGUUUUUCUUUGCUAUUUUAAGAGGUAAUUUCAUGUGUGUAGAUAUAUGCUAUUUAAAUAAUUUAUCAGGAAAUACAACCUGAAGUGGAAGUGUUUCUGUCUGUAUAAACUGUUUGCACACUGACGUGAGGAUGUUUUGUUCUUUAUUGUUAUUUGGUUUUUUGUUUUAAUUUUCUUUCUUUUUUUACAGUUAGUGAUGCUUGUCUGUAAACAUUUGUACUAGUUUUUUCCAUACAGAAAAUGCUGUUUUUACUCAUACCAGUUAUUUUGUAACAUACAACAGAACAAUAAACAGAGUUGAGAAAAAUGAAAA